CUGCUUGGAUUCGAGGAAGGAAAGGGAGGCGGGUCCUCCCGGAUUCCCUCAGACCAGCCCUGAGGCCGACGGGGAAGGUGGUCGAUUCCUGGCGUUGAGCUGAAGGGAGACGCUGGAGGGCGAGCCCGGUUCGUGGCGAUUCCCCCUCCCUGGAUGGCAGGCCCAGAAGGAGAGUGCCGCAGAAGGAGAGCGACGGGGUUGGCUUGCGGAACUCACGGAGACUUGACGCUGAGCCAGGUCGGUGAGCUUUCCUGUUUCUGGACUGAGCCAGCAUGGAUAUGGGAGGCAGUAGCCGGAUCCCCUAUGAUGAUUACCCAGUGGUCUUCCUCCCUCCCUAUGAGAAUCCUCCGACCUGGAUCCCACCUCAUGAGAGGAUUUACCAUUCGGAUUACAACAAUGAGUUAACCCAGUUCCUGCCUCGGACCAUCAUCCUGAAAAAGCCGUCAGGGGCUCAGCUGGGCUUUAACAUCCGAGGAGGAAAAGCUUCUCAGUUGGGUAUUUUCAUCUCAAAGGUGAUCCCGGAUUCUGACGCUCAUCGAGCCGGAUUGCAGGAGGGCGAUCAGGUCCUGGCAGUGAACGAUGUGGACUUCCAAGAUAUUGAACACAGCAAGGCUGUAGAGAUCUUGAAAACUGCUCGGGAGAUCAUUAUGAGAGUCCGCUUCUUUCCUUACAAUUACCACAGGCAGAAGGAGCGAACGGUUCACUAGGCGUUCCCUUCCCGACGAUCGCCUUGCCUGUCACCCAGCCGAUUCCGAUUUUUCGUUUCUUUUUGUAAUUACGCGCUUUAUUGUGAAGCACGCUCUUUUAUUCUACAUACUUUUUUUAAAAAAAAAAAACCCUCUGAAAAUCCUAAAUAGGUUUUUUUGGGGGGUGGGUGCGGGGCAGAGAGCAGAAAAUAAGUUCCUUUCUGAUCAGGUGCGUUGUGGAAGUUCUACCAAGAGCUCAAGGUUCCCUUGAGCUUCUUCCUGCGGACCAAAAGAUCGGGGUGCUCAGACUUGAGUUUAACUCAUCCCUGAUCCAGAAGGAGAGAUUGAUGCUGGGUGUCCCCGUGGAAUUGCGUUUUUUUCCCUCCUUUUUUUUUUUUACCCUUAGGUGUGCAGAUCACCUGUUUAGUUUCCAAAUUCUUUUGGGACCGUGGAGGCCUGUGAGGCAGGCUCUGGGUGCACAGCCUGACGCGAACAUCUGUUGCUUUUUAAAAGGGCGAUUCCGGUUCUGUUCUUCAAAGCAAGAAUCCUCCUUCGCCUCCCCUGUUCUACUUGUUCUUCCAACUCAGGAAAGCUGAUAAUUGGUUUUUAGAGAAGUUAAUUACACCGUGCUUCUGUCCUUUUUCAUUAAGGCGUUAAUGGGAGGGAGGGGUGUAGAUCCUUACCUCAACGGAGGAUUCACCUGGAGAACAGCUGGCUUCCCUUCCUGAGUUUGGCCUUUGAUCCAUCCAAAGGAGGACAGCCAGAAAACACUCCAUCCCUGCAAAUCCACGGAGCAACUGACGUUUCUGGAGUUGAAUCUUGCAAUUCAGCCUUAGAAA